UUUUCACCUUUUGUGUAAACAGUGUUUUAGAUCCGCUAUAAAAGUCUAAACAACGUGAAUCUAAUUGAAGAGUGAUUUAAGAUGAACAUACAAAUGUUACUAACAUGUGCUGUUUUUCUCAUAUGCCCAACAACUUUUGCUGUAAAUAAAUUAUCAGAAUGCCCUCCGCCUUUAUCAUGCCUCCUCAUUACAAAAUGCAAACCCCUCAUGGGUGCAAUAAAAACUACACAAAAUUCUCCCGCAAUAAUAAGAUUCCUAAAAGCUCAAAUCUGUAGUCACAACAACAAGCAAGAGCCAAAAGUGUGUUGUCCGGUAGAUAAUCCUGUCAACAAUAAAAGUGAAUCACCGUGCAAACCUUCUUUUCGAUGCGUCAGUUUGUCUGGAUGCGGCCCUUUGAUGUAUUUGGUAAAUUUGGAAAAACCGAUGCCAGCAGGGAUUGCAAAGUUUAUCAAGUCUCAGCAGUGCGGCACAGGUAAAACCUAUCCCAAGGUGUGUUGUAAACUGGAGGUACAAGAGUCGGGUCUUGAAAAAUCCCCACAAAGUGUUACGGAAAAAACUUCAUUACCAACGAAAGUAAAGGCCGAAAUCAUGAAUAAACUUUUUAAUAAUGGAUUUUUUGAUUUUAUAAACUAUGACCUGUUCGUCAGGUAA